GAUGGAUAUUCAUUGAUCAACCUCACCUUAACGCACUCUCUCCGAGUCAGUAAGUACAAAUUGGCACGAAUCCCAAACAUCUUGGUCGCAUUGUAGAAUGAAUUGAUGCUAAGGGGAUGCUACUCAUCUCACAUGCAACUCGUUGUCACGAUCUGAUGGAAUUGGUUCUGGGGCGCAAUCUAUGCGGGCCAUUUUGUGUUAGCAUGCAAUGCGUGGUCCCUACGGACCCGGCCACCACCUUCGAGGAAGCGAUUCCGGUGAUGCUUCUAUGUCGGGUCAGACCGUCUAACUGUCAUGCUGAUAUUUAUAUCAACGAGGAAGAUCGUUUGUGUUAUGGUGUUCGUGGCACUUCCCCAUGCCCAGGCACAAACAGGCGGAACGGGGAACUGAGCCUGGCUCUCGUUACCCGCUAAUGUGCGGGUUCCAUGAUGAUCAUCCUCGGAUGAUGCGACGGAAUGCGUACGAUCCGUCACCAUAUUGACCGUGCGUGCUAAGCAUGUCAUUUUUGGAAGAGGUGUACCCCCGGUGCGUGCGUGCGCCCAAAGUUCCGCCGCCGCCACUCCUCACGGCGCUAGAGUUUGCGCAGGCGUGCCGCGUGAACGCUCCCAAUUUUCCCAGCAGCGGAGAGGAACCGGGGAGCCAUUGCAGGUGCCAGAGCCAGCACCAUGCCUCUCUAUUUGCCUUCCCUCUACAGUCCUGUGAUGCAUGCGAUAGUACCGUAGCAAUCACUUGCACGAAACGGAAUGCAUCAGAAGUCAUCAAAAUGACAGAAUGCAUACACGGAUCAUACUUCUCACCGGUGCGACUCGGAUCUUUAAGUCGUGUGCGG